CUCCUUCAUCUGCCGGGUUUCUAAAUAGCUAGCCUAGCUGCUGCUUUUCUCCUAUGAAACAGCCGUGCUAGACCACCUCUCGAAUUUCCCCGCGGCGACUUGGGCCGCUACUGCCCCCUCCUCCCUCGAACGACUCGCGGAUUCUCCACCACCUCCCCUAAAGGGUGAUCUCGAUUCGUAGCCAUAUCUCUGAGCAUCCCAACGAAACUCUCCUCAACCACAUCCGAUUUUCAUUCACCAUGAACAACCAACAACAGCAGCAGGGCAAUCGCCUGCAGCUCAACUUCGGCUUGGGCGGUGGUGGUAAUCGUGACCAAUAUAACCAAGACCGUGGACCGGCAUUCCCCACCACUCCCUCUACCUUCCCACAACCCGUAUACCCCAAUCAGGCUGGCCAACAGGAGGUAUGGGGAACGCAACAGCAGAACAAUGGGUUUGGCUACUUCAUGGGCGGGAACCCGUACCAGCAGCAAGCCCAGCAGGGACAAUACCAGGGGCAACAGGGCAAUUUGCAAGCCCCCAACCAGCGGCAAUUCAAUGAUGCUGCCAAUGGUCUGGUCCAUCAGCUUUCCCACCAGCAUCUCGGCGGUGGAGGUGGCCGCUCUGGCAGCCCAUAUGGUGGACGCCAACCUUCUCCUGGCCAGCAGCGCCCUCGUACCGCCGGUGACCGCGGCCACCAGCAAUAUGGAAGCUAUCUGUCUCAACAGGUGCCCAGGCAACCCUCCCUCAAUGAUGAGGAGCCCCCGGCAAAGGAUCCAAAUCUUUACAGUGAGAACAUUCGACGACAGUCACAAUUGUCCGUAAACCUCGUCAGCACUUUCUUCAAGGAUAGCGUUCAGCGAGCACGCGACCGAAACCAGAGAGCGCUGGAGCUGGAAGCAAUCAUGAAGGACCCCUCCUAUUCCGACAACCGCAGAGCUCAGAAGGUCGCCAGCAUGCGUCGGGCAGAAGCAGAGUAUCUACGUUUCUUGCGGACAAAGGAGAGGCCAGAGAACUUCUCCACAUUGAAGAUCAUCGGAAAGGGUGCCUUCGGAGAGGUCAAACUCGUUCAGAGGAAGAAUGAUGGCAAGAUCUAUGCGCUCAAGUCGCUUGUGAAAUCCGAGAUGUUCAAGAAAGACCAAUUAGCUCACGUCCGCGCCGAGCGAGAUAUUCUCGCCGAGUCUGACAGCCCUUGGGUCGUUAAGCUCCACACCACCUUCCAAGAUACUACAUUCCUGUACAUGCUGAUGGAGUUCUUGCCUGGUGGUGAUUUGAUGACUAUGCUCAUCAAGUACGAGAUUUUCACAGAGGACAUUACUCGUUUCUACAUGGCCGAGAUCACUCUUGCAAUCGAAGCUGUACACAAACUUGGCUUCAUCCACCGUGAUAUCAAGCCUGACAAUAUCCUGCUAGACCGUGGUGGCCACAUCAAGCUAACUGAUUUUGGUCUGUCUACUGGUUUCCACAAAGAGCACGAGGCUUCUUACUACAAGAAGCUACUCCAGGGCGGGGCACACAAGUCUGCGAGGGAUAACCGAAACUCGAUGAACUUGGACCAGAUCCAUCUGACUGUUAGCAACCGUGCCCAGAUCAACACUUGGAGGAAGUCUCGACGACAGCUUGCAUACUCGACCGUAGGCACGCCCGAUUACAUCGCUCCGGAGAUUUUCAGUGGCCAGGGUUACGAUUUCGGAUGCGAUUGGUGGUCUGUUGGUACGAUCAUGUUUGAAUGUUUGAUCGGUUGGCCGCCAUUCUGCGCCGAAGAGCCGCAUGACACAUACCGCAAGAUUGUCGAUUGGCCUCGUAACUUGCAUUUCCCUCCCGACCAGCAAUUGGGUGCAGAGGCGGAGGACUUCAUCAAGCGCUUGAUCUGUGAUGCCGAGCAUCGCCUCGGUCGCAACGGUGGAGCUCACGGUGCAUACGAAAUCAAGCAGCAUCCAUUCUUCCGUGGCGUACAGUGGGAUGGUCUCCGCCGUAUUCGUGCACCGUUCGAGCCUAAGCUCCAGUCCAACAUCGAUACGCAGUACUUCCCCAUCGACGAGAUCGAUCAGAACGACACCAGCGCAGCCCUCCGCGCCCAGACCGCACAGGCAGGUGACGAUGUCGCGGCCGAGAUGAGCCUGCCUUUCAUCGGAUAUACCUACAAGCGCUUCGACGCAUUCCGUGGUACUUAACUGUAACGCACAAUGAUGUUGCAUGGCCUUGCAUGAGCUACGACGAACCUUUCCCGAGCACUCUCCUUUUAUUCAGUGAUAAACUAGAAGAUUUCGCUUCCGGUAAACCCCACACCCUCGCAUAUGCCACCUUAGAUGAGAAUCGAUUCAAGGUCUAGGCCAAUUGUUUUGCUGCGCUUUGCUGCCCUCUCCCUCACAUGCACCAACUGCGUUCUUCUUUUCAACGGCCUUAUUAUGUGUGGCGGCGCAACGAUGGAUCACAGACGGGACGCUUGAAU